AUGGCCGCGGCGGGGCGCGCCCCGGGGGCCUCCCCCGGCCACGCCGACCUGUGCCGCCGGACCGUCCUGCUCCUGCGGAAGAUGCGCGCCGAUGUGGGCAGCCUGCUGGAGUCCUACGUAGAGAAGCAGGGUUUGGACAAAAACUUCAGCCUUGACUUGAUGGACGGGGUGCCAACAGCCAGCACUGAGCAAUGGAGUGAAGCGUCAGAUGCUGAGCGGCUGAGAGAUAACCUGAAGGCCUAUUGGGCAUUUCAGAUCUUGUUGAAUGAGAUCCUAGAAGAGCAGAGGUCCUGCUUGACCCCAAAUGAUUUAGAUUUCCACAAGUCUAUCCAGUCAGUCUUGCUCCAAGUCUCUGCUUUGGCUUACCAACUGGAAGAACUGAUGGUGAUAUUGGAGCACAGUGUGCCGGCCAAAGAACUGGAAGGUAGCCGGGAUGCUCGUGAAAGAGGCUUGUUUGAGAAGAAACUGAGGGGCAUGAAGGUGCUGCAGGAGCUGGCUCAGUGGUCUGUCAGGUCUGUUCGGGAUCUACACCAACUUUCCAGUCCUGUUCAGACAGGGGCCAUCCCACAUGCAAGUUGUUACUUGGCUCUGAAAAAGUGA